UAACGGUAUGGCCGGUAAAGUGAUGGCCAGUGCCGAACAUUAUGACCGCAAGUUCUAUAUAAUGUGGGACAUAUCGGGUUGGGAUAAGUUUGAAUCGGAAAUACCCGAUGAUUUGACCGUAAAUCUGAAACCGUUGGGUGUAUUCAACUCCAGUGCCUAUGCCCACCAAAACGGUCGGCCUGUUGUAUGUAUGUGGGGACUGGGAUUUACUAAUCGACCGAAAGAUACGGCCGGUCUGAUCAGGCUUAUCGAUGCACUCAAACUUGAGGGCUAUUAUGUGAUUGGUGGUGUGCCACGUAAUUAGCGCGAUAUUAGCAACUUUCGGGAGGUAUACUUACGGUUGAACAUGCUACAACCAUGGGCAGUCGGAUCAAUGUCAAGUGUCAAAGGGGCUCAGUUAUAUCAGCCGGUGCUCAAGGCUGACCACGAGUUUCUCGUACAACAUAACAUUGUACAGUUGAUUCCAAGCAAAGAAAGGCCAUACUGUGGGGAAAAUCAUCCACCCAGGACACCGCCGCCGGAUGUGCCGACCAAAGGUCGCGGUUGGGAUCGACGGGUAUUUGAACAAAACGGUAUGCGAAUUGUUGACCAAUGGGAUUCAGUUAGUGAACAAUGGCGCCGAACAUACGAACCGUUGACCGGCGGUAGUAGUAGUAGUAGUAGUAGUAGUGGAUUCGCUAUACUAACGGUGGAUUGGCUGCUUUGCCGGGAUUGUCGCAUUCUAGUGGUUUAG